UACGUGACGGUAGGCGGAAGUCGCGGCAACUGUUUUGAAAUCCCUCAGCCCGGGUCUUCCCAGCUCCUGGCCACGCCGAUCCCGCAGCUCCCAAAUUGCGGGCUGACCUCUGACACCUGCUCUUCGGCCUUUGUCGGCCCGAGGCCGCAGCCGCGCCAUGUCUACCCCUCCGCUGGCGGCGUCGGGGAUGGCGCCUGGACCCUUCGCCGGGCCCCAGGCUCAGCAGGCCGCCCGGGAGGUCAACACAGCAUCGCUGUGCCGUAUUGGGCAGGAGACGGUCCAGGACAUUGUGUACCGCACCAUGGAGAUCUUUCAGCUGCUGAGGAACAUGCAGCUGCCAAAUGGUGUCACUUACCAUUCUGGAACAUAUCAAGACCGGCUAACAAAGCUACAGGAUCAUCUUCGCCAACUUUCUAUUCUCUUCAGGAAGCUGAGAUUGGUCUAUGACAAGUGCAUUGAAAAUUGUGCAGGAAUGGAUCCCAUUCCAGUAGAGCAACUUAUUCCAUAUGUGGAAGAAGACGGCUCCAAAAAUGAUGACCGGGCCGGCCCGCCUCGUUUUGCCAGUGAAGAGAGGCGAGAAAUUGCCGAAGUAAAUAAAAAACUCAAACAGAAGAAUCAACAGCUGAAGCAAAUUAUGGAUCAAUUACGAAAUCUCAUCUGGGAUAUAAAUGCCAUGUUGGCAAUGAGGAACUAAACUGAUAUUUAAAUUUCCUGCAUUACACAUGUUAUACCAUUGGUUUUUCCCUCAAGUAUAAUUUCCCUUUGAAGAAGAUUAUUUAUCUGAUUGUAUUUUAGUCACAGCUGAAGUCUUACUUUUUACAUUAUGGUUUUGCAUUGACGUAUUCAUUUUUUUAAUGCCAUCGGUCUUAUGAAAGAUUAUUGUAAUAAACUUUGAUAGGGUUUGUGUUUUGGUUACUCUUCAUGAAUUAAAUAACCUUUUUUAAGAGCAAAAUAAAGUUUGUAAAUACAUUUU